AUGGUAUCAACAACCGAGGACCAAGCUGUAAAAUUCCCUCCUCUCUUGUCCAAGAAAUUCAAUAUCACUAAUAUCAAACAAGACAUCCUCAAGUGGGAUAAGGAUUGGGAGGCGGCGAUCGCAUCAUUAACAGCAGCAGACGUCCUCAAGGAGAUUUCCUAUUUACUGGAUGAUUCUUUCCUCACUCCCGAUGACCUGAAGUCCCUCCACUUGGAUCUCCGCAACAUCCAAGAAGGCGCAGCUCGAAGCCUGCGCAAGAUUCUUCACGGAGGACGAUUCAACACCAUCUGGCUGUUGUUGGGUGCCUCUGCACAGAGGAGACAUAUCCUUCAGGGUCUUGAGAAGGCAUCUGAGGCACCUAGUACGCUCUUGGGCCAAGACAAUCGUGCUCUUUGUCCAGAUGUCACAGUUUCGAACUUCCUAUCGGAGGGCGGGAAGGGUUUUAUCGGGUUCCUUACUCGUUUCUUGGAGGUCUUCGACUCGUCUGAUCCAACAUUCCUGCCAAACUCUUGGUGGGAACAGGCGUCGGAUCUGCCAAACUCAUGGUGGAAACAGACAUCGAAUGAUGCUAGCAGACAGAGACCUGAAGGUACAAAGAUGGUGUUUGAAGUUGCAACUAUCUACAGGAAUAAGUUCAUCGGUUUCUUCCUGCUGGCCUCGUUGGAGUCGAUCUUACACGACAUCAUCCAUCGUAGCGUGGGGAUGAAAGACGUCCUGAACGUCGUGGAGAAUACGGGAGCGCAUUUUGCCCAUUCUUUAGCACAGGCAAAGACUACUCUCAGGGACAAACCCCUUGUACGCUGCGAGAACUGUACGAAAACACCAGAAGACAUCGGUGAAGGCGUUCGCUUCAUGGUGUGUAGUAUUUGCAAAACAAAACUCAAGUUCCAAGUACAUUAUUGUUCUCAAUCCUGCCAGAAGGAAGACUGGCCCGUUCACAAAAAGGCUUGUGGCAAGAAGGAGGUUUCGAAAGGUCUCAGCGGAACCAAGGAUGACGACCUUUGGCAAUUUAGUGGUGGUCAAAUGGGUCCAAUUGCCGAUAUGAUGCGUAAUCUUCCAACGAAUCGGGAUGGGACUGUGGAUAUUGCAAACGUUGGCGUAGGUCCCUGUAAGGGCCGACGUUCCCCUGCUGCGGAGCGUCAAGCCAAGAUGCUUGAAGCCGACAAAAAUGCCGAUUAUUUCCUCUUCACUGCAAGCGAUGUACCAGUUCGCUUUGUGAUUGAUGAUCCAGGAGCGAAGAUGGUCUUCCGGAUCAACCGGCGCAUGAUCAUGACGCAGACCGCUGAUUCUGGUCUCGAGCCAAUGGCAGAGUACAUGCUCAAACACAUGAGCGGAUUUCCUGGUUUGAGUCGGGACAUCAUCCUCAAGCAACUCUGCGCGGAAUAUGGGAAUAACACCACUAGAAAGGUAGUCGAGUGGGAGCGGAAAAGUCGAGAACGUGGAGUCAGCACCGGCACGGUGAUAGGGUCUCUGUCGAAGGAUUUCAUGAAGGUAUUUGGGCACACCUUCUCCACCAAGUGGUAUGGGUUUUUGUUCUCGUUCACUGGAUUUUAUUGA